UCUUUGGCAAAUUAAGAUGUUGUCUUGCUUCUUCGGAAAAAAUACAGUACUUGAAAAUUGGGAUGAAAACAGUGAAAAAUAUUACAUUAAAAAAGCUUAUAAAGAAAACUAUGGUUUUUGGAUGACACAAGGAGGAUUUUAUCCAGGCGUCGGAGUUGAAGCAUGUUUGUACAUACCGGCAUCGAUGGCGCUGUCCGUCAUCUUCGCGAUGACUGUUGUAAGCAUCAGCAAUAGCGAAAUCGCUGUCAAAAGUGAAAGCGUGCAUUUUGUUGCCUUCCUCGCGAUCGAGCUGACUGCUAUGAUAACAUUUAUAUACCAUAAGAAAAUAAUUGAUGAAAUUUAUUUAGCAAUGGGACAGAAAUUCUACGACUACGAGAACACUCUGGACGAAGAGUGCUACGAGGUGAUCGCCAGCGCUUACAAAGCGGGCAGAUCGCGGAAGAAGAUAUUCCACAACCUGUUUGUGGGCUGCUCGAUGAGCACCCUGCUGACCGCGAGCAUCGCGAGGCCUAUAAUAAGUUACCUCAUUGGCGACCCGGACCCCGAUGAUGGCAUCCUGCGGUUGGUUCCCGUACCGAUAUGGACACCGUUCAGGAGCAAGUCAUGGCAGGUCAAUUUAAUUUUUUUCCUGGCCGAAGAAAUAGUAGCUUACGUCACACCGGGGAUCGUCUUCGGCUGUAUCUUGUUCAUCGUCUGUGCGAGCGAAGACGUCGGAGCCCAGCUGAUCAUCCUCGGCCAGUCCUUGAAGUCGGUGGUGCGAAGAGGGGAGCGCCUCGACAUGCCCAGGGAGGAGGCCCUCAGGCUGUGCUUCAAUCAUUCGAUCAAGCACCAUCAGUUGAUUUUGAAGUGA